AUGCUCCCACGAGGGCUGUGGGAAGAGCUAUUCGCGCGCCGAGCAUUUGUAUCGGCAUCAGUUGAAUCGUAUGCGUUUUCCACUCCGAUCAGUGCACAAAUUCAAACAUUCGCGACAUCGCUAAUCGCCGACUUGUGUGUUAUCUUUUUUUGUUUCGUGACAGAUACCCCCAAGCAGAUCUUCCGCUGCGAUUUUCCUAAUUGCCAUCGCUCGUUUGUUCGCCAGGAUCUAUGUCUCCGUCACCGCGAACGACAUACGACUCGUGGCUCACAAUUACAAAAGCGCGAUAGCUUUUCCCAUGACAAUAUGCAUGUAACUCCACCCAAAUCUCUCAUGUCCGUUGUCUCGCCAGCGUCUCCCUCCGCGGCGCCGAACGACUACCCUUUCUUGGCGAGCCAUCCUGCGGCCAGCACAAAGUCUCCCUCUAACUCGCCCAACACCUACUCGUUACCUACUACUACCCCUACUACAAUUGAUACGAAUGGCCUGCCGGUCUCGAAUUAUUCCGAUUUCACCGGCGGCAUCAGCCAGGUAGAUCCUCCACUGGAAUUCGACUCUAUGCAAAAUGCAUAUCCCAUCUUUGGCGGAGAAACCUACAACCGCUCCCCCUUUGCGAUGGCGGAUGACUUUGCAGCAUGGCUGUUCAGCGAGCCAUUAGCUCCGCUAGGCUACGGCAUGAUGCCGUUUUCACAGAACCAAUUCUACGUGAAUGAUCCCUCGUACAACAAUUUCUGCGCUGUCAUUCCACAACAUCCGAUGAGCGUGACGAGCAUACUCGAUUCCUCGUCUCUGCCGGCGAUCAUCUCGGAAGAAAAGCGACAAGAGAUUCUCCAUCUCAUGGCGACCCGCUUCAAUGAGGCCGCCUCGUCCGCCGAAGGCAAACGCAAAGACGCGCUUAUGGAUGGAGACCUCAACAGCGACCGCCACGUGCUGAGCCUGCGCAUGAUGCAAACGUACAUUGGCUCCUACUGGUUCCAUUUUCAUCCGCAAUUGCCCAUCCUUCACCAGCCUACCUUUUCUGCUGAUCGCACGCCAACAUUAUUGCUUCUCGCUGUAAUGGCGAUCGGGGCAGCCACGCUGGACAAGGCGCAUGGCCAAGCCACGACGGAAGCUGCGGCGGAAUUAGCGACGUUCAUUGCCUGGCAUUUGCGGUGGGAGAUUUUUAUGGAUCCAGACUUUCGGCCUCCGGCGCGGUUGUGGGUGUUUCAAGCACUGUUGCUGCUGGAGGUAUAUGAGAAAUCCUUCUCCACCAGGGCCUUCCACGAAAGAGCCCAUAUUCACCACGAUACGACGUUGACAUUGAUGCGUCGGGGAAGUUCUCUCAUUGGCCGGUCGUCCUUUGACACUCCGGAGUCAAGGGAAGAGGACGAAUCUUGGACACACUGGAUCAAGGCUGAAGCGACGAGACGUGCCGCUUUUGCGGCCUUUGUACUCGAUUCAACACAUGCGACCAUGUUUGGACACUCUGCAAAGAUGGUCGCCCAUGAAUUACGACUGCCGCUGCCGUGUGAUGAGGCUCUGUGGGCGGCGACGAGUGCCGCUGAAGUUGCUCGGGUUCAGUCAAGUCUGCAGUCGCAUGGAGUCCGACCAGUCAUGUUCCUCGAUGGGCUGAAGCGCACGCUGAAUGGACAACCGGUGCGAACUAACACAUUUGGUCGCAUUGUCCUCAUGGCUGGAUUGUUAAGCGUGAGUUGGCACUUGAACCAGCGAGACCUUCAGGUGAGCUCGCUGGGCGUAGGCCAAGCUCUCGGUGGCCGAGACAAAUGGAGAACCGCGCUACUACGAGCCUAUGACAAUUGGCGCCGGGACUUUGACGAAGCACUUGGCCCCGCUAUCACUGCGGAGUCCGAGUCGCGCGAUGUGCUCCACGGGCUGGCGCAUAUGGCCUCGCACGUGGAUAUCGCCGACCUCCAAAUCUUUGCUGGCGCUGGACGCCUGAUGGGUCGGUCCAUCACCGCCCGAGACUACAGCGCUGCGCGAGAAAAGACCGUCCGCUGGGCGAGCAAGGCCUCUGCGCGCGAUGCCACCUUCUAUGCGCUCAAGUUCUUGAAAACGUGCUUCUUGGACCCCUCGAUCGAGUCGGGAAGCUAUGUGGCUCGUGAUGACUACCUGUUGAACCGGCCGUGGGUCAUGUAUUAUGCGGCGCUUGUGGUCUGGUGUUACGGAUUUGCGCUGGAUGGCCCGCUGCGGCCUACGCCAGCCUUGGCGACUUAUGCGGAUCGACGACGAGAUAUGCACAGCUUUCUGGCCCGCGUGGGUGGUGUGGGGGAACCUAACGAUCUCGAGGGAAUACAGGGGCGCAAUGGUUGCCUGGGGAUGUUGAUGAUCCUGCGGGAUUCGUUUGCCAAUCCUCGGUGGGAGUUGUUGGGCGAGGCUGCGCGGCUGCUGGACAGCUGCAUUGCCAAGCUGCAGUCCUGA